AUGCAAAAGUCCAUAUAAUAAAAUUAAACAUAAUCAAGAAACUAGCCAUUGAGAGACUAAGAAUAGCAAUAAUUUAAAACUCAGUAAAAUAAAAUUUCAACUACUCUUCCACUUAUAAAUAAAAACAGUGUGAUUUAAAAUUAGCAGUAACAGACUUAAAAUGAUAAUAGCAAAAAGGAAUCUGCUUUGCCAGACGAUGAAAAGAGGGUAGCCAUUAUUAAUGAAUAUUAAAAAAAUGAGCCAGAGAAUAAACUUGCAAAGAAAGAUUUAAAAGUUAACACAAAUAUCCAAGUCGAGAAUUUUGACGGUUCAUUAUCUCCAGAUAAAAUUAAAUAAAAACGAAAUUUGAGCCCAGUACCUUUGAAUUCAAAAACUUUGAGAAAGACCAUAAGUGCGAUUCCUGAAGAAGAUGAAGAGAAAUCAGUAGCUAAUCACUCUCGAUAAAAAACGAAAAAGGUCCUUGUAUCUCUCAAGACAUAGCAUUUCACUAGCAAGCCAAAAGAUCCGUUCUAGAGAUAAGGAUCACUUCUAUCUCAUUAGGCAAAAGAUUAAGAUAAAUAGGCAAAAUCUACUUUUAUGAAGUCAUCUAUUUUACAAAGGAUUAUUGAUAAUGCAGAAUAAAAGAAUGAGAGAUACUAAGACCAACUAAAAGAUCCCGUUGACACUCUUGAAAAAAGUAGCGUUUCCUACUAAUAAAUUCAAAAAGAACCUAUAUCUUAUAAACUUAUCUAAUCUAGAAUUGACUAAUGGAAACAAUUGAAAGAUGAGUUAGAAGAAGAUGAAGAGGGAUUUAGCUCUUAAUUUAUAUAGUAUAAGACUAAUUCAUAGAGUGUCAUGGAUCAUAUUACUGAGAGAGAUAGUGCUAGUCCUUUCAGUGUAAAUAGAGACUUCUAUGGAAAGAACUCACAUCUGAAGAAUUUUUAGCCCCUUAAGAAAAAUAUGUUUGCAGGAAGUUUCACUAAGAGUCUUAUUAAUGGAUUUAAGUACAGUAAAGCGGGUCUUCCUCUAAAAGAUAGUACUCCAGCAAAUAGGAGCUCGAAGUCUAGGAAUAAUGACACGUCUAUAAAUGAAUUCAGAAAAACUAUUACCAUAACACCUAUUAGCAAGCAUUAUAUAUAGUAAAAAUCACUUACUCCUUCUAAUAAAAUGCUUAAGAGUCACAAAACAGUUAUAUUUAAGGAAGAAUGA